AUGACACGCCGCCACGCCUCUUCUCAUUUCCGUGAUGACAUUACCCAAUGUCUCAUGUUGGAAACAGACGCAGAGAAACAGUAUUAUUCCUGCCCAUCCCGACGCGCUUCUUUCGACCAUGAUGAAGACUCCGCGGUCUACAUAGAUUCUCCCUACGACACAACUGCUUCCGUGGAACCCAUACUAGGCUGCCGCAACUUCCCAGUGAAACGGAAACGGAGAUUUCACCUCUACAGAGUGCCACAUUCUGUUAUGCGACGGAUAUGUUGGGCCGUAUUCAUGGGUUUGCUUCUGUUUGUCGCAUUUCUAUUCCGGUUUAGCAUUGCUGGCUCCUCGUUCAGCGUUGUGCGACUGAACCCGCCAAACCAGAAGCCCAAAUCAGCUCAGUGGGAAGAUUUCCCAUUCCUCACCCGGUUUUACGGGGGGAUAAAGACACUGGUUCCAAGGCAAGAUAAUGUCCCUGAGUACCCAGUUGAUGGGAUGGUCGAAAAGAUUAUGGAUUUGCCAACAGGUGACGUAAAAGGGGAGCAGUCGGGAAAGAAAGCUGAGGCGAUGAGGAGUAUGGUUUUCAACCCCUAUCCGGAUUACAAAUCCAAAAACUAUAUUGAAAAGUAUGGAGUGAAGCGUGACUGCUUUCUGGAUGCUGAGAAGAGAAUGACGAUCCCACCGGUACGACAUUUCCCAGGUAUACCCAAAGGAUUUCCAGAUGCUGCGAUGGGAUCAAAUAAGCUCUUGGGCAUAAAUGACGAUGUGUGUUUCGAUAGAUUUGGACGGCUUGGUCCGUACGGUCUUGGCUAUGGCGUUGCCUCAGGCGGGAGUGGGGCUGGCCUGGAGGGCGACAGAUCAGGGGUAGCUGAGGUAUGGGAAGAUGUCCCGCCUGUCGAUUUCCGAGCCGUCAAAUGGGCGGAAGCACAAGACCGCUGUGCAGCUGCAAACAGCCAUCGAUUUUCUAAGCUUGAACAUCCAAGGGUGGAUCGGGUUGCUGCUGUGCCAUUGGGUACUCUGGAUGCAAGGUACGAAGAAGAGGGGCCCGUAACUACACAGCCUAAGGGCAAUGAAGACGCUGUAGCCGCCAACGAUACAUUGAAACUUCCACGAACGGCUGUUAUCAUUCGAACCUGGAGUGACUACAAAUACAACAAGGAAGAAAUCAUGUAUUUGCGUUCUUUAAUUACAGAGUUAUCCUUGACAUCUGGAGCGGAAUACACACUUCAUUUCUUGAUACAAGUGAAAGAUGACAACCUGCAAAUUUGGUCGGACGAUGAUACCUACCGUCGUGUUCUUAGAGAUUCUCUACCGAACGAAUUCCGCGGAAUGGGCACACUGUGGUCAGAAAGACAAAUGGGCCUGAUAUAUGGUGGUCUUGAAGAGACCUUCGCUCGAGACCUCCCUGUCCAUGGAGUUUACAGGAGCACUUUUAUGCCCAUCCAAUACUUUUCCUAUCGACAUCCUGAAUAUGACUUCAUCUGGAAUUGGGAAAUGGAUAUCCGAUACACUGGACACUGGUAUCACUUCUUCCACAAGGUUAGUGAGUGGGCGAGAGAACAACCACGCAAGGGCCUUUGGGAGCGCAACUCGCGAUUCUACCUUCCAUCCGUGCACGGGUCCUGGGAAGAUUUCCGCCAAAUGAUCCGCGUGCAAACUGAGAUUGGAACCGACAGUCUCAAUAAUAUGUGGGCCAAACCCGCUAAAAGUCACCCUAAAAUCCUCCCAGAGGCGAUCAAAGCAGACAAGCCAAUCUGGGGCCCCGAACGACCGCAUGAGCAGGACAUUUUCGAAGUCGAGGGUGAAGGUAUCCCCCCAACAACCUACGAGAAGGACAACUACGUGUGGGGCGUUGGUGAAGAUGCCGACUUAAUCGUCUUCAACCCCCUCUAUGAUCCAGUAGGAACCACUUGGCUUCUCCGCGAUGAUGUAACUGGAUACAACAGAGAGGAUGGAGGGCCUCCCCGCCGCGCAGCAAUUGUUGCCGCCUCGCGAUUAUCACGCAAGCUUCUGGCCAUAAUGCACCUUGAGACAAGUAUGAAACGCCACACGAUGUUUUCAGAGAUGUGGCCCGCCACAACUGCGCUCCACCACGGUCUCAAAGCCGUCUAUGCUCCCCACCCUGUGUACAUCGAUCGUCGCUGGCCGACCAAGCAUCUUGAAUCAACGUUUAAUGCCGGCCGCAAUGGCGCAACUGGAGCAUCCAGGUUAUCUGUAUUCGGCGACCGGGAGCAUAAUUUCAGAGGUACGACGUGGUUCUAUUCUGCCAUCCAUUCAGCAAAUCUUUGGCGGCGGUGGCUUGGAUAUAGGGUUGAUGGCGGUGGUGGGGAAGAGUAUGAGAUGGCGACCGAGGGACGGAUGUGUUUGCCUCCUAUGUUGCUUCAUCCCAUCAAGGAUAUUGAGAUGAUUGUUGAGAGUGUGGAUCGUUGA